GUGGGGGAGGGGGCGCUAGAAUCCGCGGGACGGGCGAGCGGGCACUGCUCUCUCCGGGCGCGGUCUGUGCCUCGGCUCGGCCUCGGCCUCCCGGGGCUCCGGCUGUGAUUGAACGGGCUACCUCUGGACCCCUCCCCUGUCCCCCAACGUUGAGCCGACACCAUGCAUGGGCGCCUGAAGGUGAAGACGUCCGAAGAGCAGGCAGAAGCUAAAAGGCUAGAACGGGAGCAGAAGCUGAAGCUCUACCAGUCAGCCACACAAGCUGUCUUCCAGAAGCGGCAGGCUGGUGAGCUGGACGAGUCAGUGCUAGAACUGACAAGCCAGAUUCUGGGAGCCAACCCUGAUUUUGCCACCCUCUGGAACUGUCGCCGAGAAGUGCUCCAGCAGCUAGAAACCCAGAAGUCCCCUGAGGAGUUGGAUGCUCUUGUGAAAGCAGAGCUAGGCUUCCUAGAGAGCUGUCUGCGCGUGAACCCCAAGUCCUAUGGCACCUGGCACCACCGCUGCUGGCUUCUAAGCCGCCUGCCUGAGCCCAACUGGGCCCGAGAGCUGGAACUGUGUGCUCGCUUCCUUGAAGUUGAUGAGCGGAACUUUCAUUGCUGGGACUAUCGGCGGUUUGUCGCUGCGCAGGCUGCUGUAGCGCCUGCAGAGGAGCUAGCCUUCACUGAUAGCCUCAUCACCCGGAACUUCUCCAACUACUCCUCCUGGCACUACCGCUCCUGCCUCUUGCCCCAGCUGCACCCCCAGCCAGACUCGGGCCCACAGGGACGCCUCCCUGAAAACGUACUGCUGAAAGAGCUGGAGUUGGUGCAAAAUGCCUUCUUUACUGACCCCAACGAUCAGAGUGCCUGGUUCUAUCACCGCUGGCUCCUCGGUCGGGCGGAGCCGCAGGACGUUCUGCGCUGCCUGCACGUGAGCCGGGAUGAGGCCUGUCUGUCGGUCUGCUUUUCUCGUCCUCUAAUAGUGGGCUCCAGGAUGGGGACUUUGCUACUCAUGGUUGAUGAGGCGCCUCUGAGUGUGGAGUGGAGGACUCCAGAUGGCAGGAACCGGGCCAGCCAUGUCUGGCUGUGUGACCUGCCCGCCGCCUCUCUCAAUGACCAGCUGCCCCAGCACACGUUCCGUGUCAUCUGGACAGCAAGUGAUGCCCAGAAGGAGUGUGUGCUCUUUAAAGGCCGCCAGGAGUGCUGGUGCCGGGACUCAGCCACUGAUGAGCAGCUAUUCAGGUGUGAGCUGUCGGUGGAAAAGUCCACAGUGCUGCAGUCUGAGCUUGAAUCCUGUAAGGAGCUGCAGGAGCUGGAGCCUGAAAAUAAAUGGUGCCUGCUGACCAUCAUCCUGCUGAUGCGGGCCCUGGACCCCCUCCUCUAUGAGAAAGAGACGCUGCAAUACUUCCACACCCUCAAAGCUGUGGACCCAAUGAGAGCAGCGUACUUGGAUGACCUGCGCAGCAAGUUCCUGCUGGAGAACAGCGUCCUCAGGAUGGAGUAUGCUGAGGUGCGCGUGCUCCACCUGGCUCACAAGGAUCUGACAGUGCUCUGCCACCUGGAGCAGCUGCUCUUGGUCACUCAUCUCGACCUGUCACAUAAUCGUCUCCGAGCCCUGCCCCCAGCCCUAGGUGCUCUGCGCUGUCUUGAGGUGCUGCAGGCCAGUGAUAAUGCCCUAGAGUCCUUGGACGGUGUGGCUAACCUUCCCCGGCUGCAGGAGCUGUUACUAUGCAAUAACCGCCUCCAUCAGUCUGCAACUCUCCAGCCUCUUGCCUCUUGCCCCAGGCUAGUCCUCCUCGACCUGCAGGGCAACUCACUGUGCCAAGAACAGGGCAUCUCGGAGCGUUUGGCUGAAAUGCUGCCUUCCGUCAGCAGUAUCCUCACCUAGGAGGCCCUGCCCUCGCCCUUACCCUUUAACUUAUUGGGACUGAAUAAAGAAUGGAGAGGCCCCCUAGGCUGCCAGGCUACCAUUACUGCCGCCAUUAGGCCACUGCCUCUGUUACCACCACCGUGCAUUUUGAGAAAAGGGCCUUGGGGUGUGGGUCUCCUCUGCAGUAAUAUUCUCGGCUUUGCUCUCAGCUGUUGUGGAGGGCCAGAACCUCAUGUUUACAGCUGAAGUCAGGACCAGAACUGGAUUUGAGUCCAGCUCCAGGUUUGGGGCUGCCAUUGGGACCAAACUUGAGGCUAGGAUAGGAGUUGGGAUCAGGUUCUGGCUUGGGCUGAGCUUCAGAACAGCUGACUCUAGCUGGAAGAGAUCGUGAAAACUCCCGUGACCCCUGCGGCUUUCAGACUCUGCCCCAACUCUCACUUUAUUCACAACUGAGGAGACUCGCUCGGGGCCUCAGUUUCUGGAAGACUGCAUCAAGGCACCUUGCUCCACCCUAUUGAAACAACCUUGGUCCCUGUGAAUUACAUUCUAUGGUUGAAAGGUCCUUGGGAAUGCCCGAUCCCAUUAGAUCCUCAUACACUCUCGGGGAUGCGAGAUUAGAACGUUCGAAUUGAUGAAGAAACUGCUAUGACUCCCCAAUGCCGCCGAGCUGCGUGCUGAAGCUGGAUACUAAACACCUUGCGUUAGUGACUUAGCUUCUUUUCCUAUUUCUGUAUUAAUACGAAAUGAUUAAACAGAGCUCUGCCUGG